UAUGCGCAUGCGCAACAAGCAAGCGGCGCAGCGAGACUGGCAGAGGCUCUCUUAAUGACGUCAUCCAGGAAACGCCAGCCGAGCCCUUCUCAAGAUGGCGCUGCGCGCACUGAGGAAAACGCGGGGGUGCAGGGGCGUCAUCCGGGCACUUCACAAAGGAUCUGAAGUUGUUCCCUCUCCCCAGAAAGACAGCAUGAAGCGAGUGUUUUCUGGCAUUCAACCUACAGGAACCCUCCACCUGGGAAAUUACUUGGGAGCCACUGAGAGCUGGGUGAAGUUACAAGACGAGUAUGACACAGUGCUGUACAGUAUUGUGGACCUCCACUCCCUCACUGUCCCCCAGGACCCCACCGUCCUUCAGCAGAGCAUCCUGGACAUGACGGCUGCCCUCCUCGCCUGUGGCAUAAACCCAGAGAAAAGCAUCCUUUUCCAACAGUCUCAGGUGUCUGAACACACACAGUUAAGUUGGAUCCUUACAUGCAUGGUCAGACUCCCUCGAUUACAACAUUUACACCAGUGGAAGGUGAAGUCUACCCAGCAGAAACAGGACGGCAUGAUGGGUCUGCUCACAUACCCAGUCCUCCAGGCAGCCGACAUUCUAGCCUACAAGUCUACACAUGUUCCUGUUGGAGAAGAUCAAGUCCAGCACAUGGAACUAGUUCAAGAUCUAGCACAAGGCUUCAACAAGAAGUAUGGGCCAUUCUUUCCGGUGCCUCAGUCCAUUCUAACACCCAUGAAGAAAGUCAAAUCCCUUCGUGAUCCUUCUGCCAAAAUGUCAAAGUCAGACCCUGACAAACUGGCCACUGUCCGGAUAACAGACAGCCCAGAGGAGAUAGUGAGUAAAUUCCGGAAGGCUGUGACAGACUUCACCUCUGAAGUCACCUAUGACCCUGCUAAACGAGCGGGAGUCUCCAACCUGGUGGCAAUUCAUGCUGCGGUGACAGGACUCUCAGUGGAGGAAGUGGUCUACCGCAGCACAGGCACAGACACUGCCCACUACAAGCGGGUGGUGGCAGAUGCUGUGAUUGAGAAAUUUGCUCCAAUCAAGAGUGAAAUUGAAAAACUAAAGAUGGACAGAGACUAUUUAGAGAAGGUUUUACGCACUGGAUCAGCAAAAGCCAGAGAAUUAGCAUAUCCUGUGAUCCAAGAGGUGAAGAAAUUGGUCGGGAUUCUAUAGGAAGCUAAUCACAAAAGGAUUUGCAUAUUACAGUCUGGACACUAAUAAAGGUCAUGCUCCACUUUCUACA